AAAAACUUAAAAACUAUUCAAUAUGGCCUAUUUUAAAUUUAAGCAUAAACACGUACUCAUAUUCAUAUUACUGAUAUUAAUUACAACAUCAUCAACCAAUAGCACUUUUCAAAAGAGACAACUGGACCCUUGCCAUGCCUGUUUUAAGAAAAUUUGUGAUUGCGGCGGUCAUUGUGAACUUAACGAAUGCAAUAUACCUUGUGGAAAAAUAAUAACAGAAAUUUUAACAUGUACUUAUACACAGAAAACUGUACAAACUAUAAUUUCACCUCCAACACCAACACCACCUCCACCUCCUCCAAAGACACUACCACCUUCCCCACCUCCUCCAAAGACACCACCACCUUCCCCACCUCCUCCAAAGACACCACCACCUCCCCCACCUCCUCCAAAGACACCACCACCUCAACCUCAACCUCCAAAAGUUCCAGUACCAGUACCUCCACCAAAAGCGCCACCAAAGGAACCACCAAAAGAACCACUAAAAGCGCCACCAAAAGAACCACCAAAUGAACCACCAAAUGAACCACCAAAAGAACCACCAGAAGAACCGCCAAAAGAACCGCCAAAGGAACCGCCAAAGGAACCACCAAAAGCGCCACCAAAAGAACCACCAAAUGAACCACCAAAAGUGCCACCAAAAGAACCGCCAAAAGAACCACCAAAGGAACCACCAAAAGAACCACCAAAAGAACCACCAAAAGAACCACCAAAAGAACCACCACCACCACUACCAAAAGCUCCACCGACACUAGGUGUAACACCAACACCAACCGUCCCUGCUAAAACAACACCUACUACUUGUACCUCUGGAGAUGAUCCUGAAUGCUUUCCGCCAAAUGUUGUUCCGAUAGUUACAACAUAUACAGAAUCAGGUGUAGAAACGCCAACACCAGUCCCUGAAAACAUAAAAUUGACAACAACUGAAACAACACUUACAUCAUACUUUGCUGGUUAUUCAACAACGAAUUCCUUAGGUGAUCCUACAUUCGUCCCUCCAUCCACUCUAUAUGUGGUGAAGAGUAUGGCCGUUACUGAAGCUCCUACCAGUACUGUAGUUUCAGAUUCUGCGACAAUUUUACAUGAUACUAAUAGUCAUGGUUUAUGGGGUGUUACUAUGAGUUUGACCGUAAUAACUGCAACUUUAAUUUUUAUGAUAAUUGCGUAAAAAAAUGAAAAAAAUGUAAAAUUUUGCUUUGUUGUUUUAUUUUUGUAAACUUUUGAUAUAUACCCACAGUAAAUAUGCAUUAUAUUAAUUAUAUUAUUAUUUGAAUUUCAUAAAAGAAUGUAAUCGUUCGAAAUAUAGUUUUUUAGUAUUAUAACUUUUAUUUUCACGUGAAAUAACAUUACUUCGAAAUCUUCAGUUAAAACAUUUUUUUAUUUUUAGUACAAAUAAAAGCAAAGAGCAAGAAAUAUUGUAAAAACUAAACACGAAAAUGAAAAAAUUUAAGAAAAUUUAUAAUAGAUAGUGAUUUAGAAAGUUGAG